AAUGGGCCGAGGUAGUCAAGGAUGGGGGAUCGUGGGUGAGGCUGUGCAUUGCUUUAGGUCAAUGCUGGGGAAACAGCUCACUAUCAUUAAAGACAUUGUGAUGUAAACAAUAAAUAUUUCAAUUCAUGGAUGCGACCUUCCGCCUGCUCCAAGUGGUUCCAUCACCAGGAUUUCCCUCAUGGAGUAAUUAACCCUCCCCCUUCCUCUAUGUCCCUCCUCCCCCUGCAGGCAGGUACAGCAGCCCUCUGAUUGGUUCUCCCUGUCAGUGACUCAGCUUCUCUUCGAGCAGCAUCAGUGCUUUCCUGGGAUUGGAAGGGAAUCGGAGGCUGAGGAGCAUCCUGACAUUGUUUUAGGUUUGGCAUAUCUUGAAUCUUUUUUGGAGUUUUUUGCUGUGAGGAUUAUUGUAUUCGAGGUGUUUCUUGCUUUGUGGAAAGAGACUGUCUGGGGCCUGAUGUUUUGUCGUAGAUAACCUCAUUAAUGAGGGGCCCUUCUGUUACAAAUGUACCUACACAUUUGGACAAUUUUGCCAUAAUUUAGUUUUUCUCCCGAAAUAACCUCCCAGUUUUGUGCGGAGAAACAAAUAGCCUCUUUUGUUCAUUGGCUGAUAUGUUGGUCACGAGCUGCUUGGUUCUUUGGUCACCAAACUGCAUAUAACUGCAUAUGUGCUGACUGGCUGAGCUCUCUUGGUAUUCUCCUUGUGCCCAACUGGAUUAUUUUAUACGUAGGGUUACAAUUUUGGCUAUGAGUGGCCCCCUCAUUGUCCCCCUUUGUGAAUAUUUGGAUGUGAGCAGAGGGGUGAUGAGCCUCCAGAUGAGGGAAACCCAAAGAAGAAAGGACUAGGAGAGGAAGGAGGAGGACAAACCCCCUCUCACGGGAGAAAACUGGAUUAAGGAGCAAUCGGAGGAAAGAGGCGUGGCAGAGGAGAGAGAGGCAACACAGAGCGGCGAGAUAGAGGCGGGUGGAUGCGAUCCACACCCUGAGAUGCUGUGCUGGCUGAGAGAAGACGAGAUGUCGGUCCAGGACCUGCUGCACAGGCUGCAGUGUGUCAUCACUCAUAUCGAUGAGAUAAUGCAGCAGGAGAUCAGGCCUCUGCUGGCUGUGGACAUCAUAGAGCAGCUGCAUCGCCAGUUUGCUUCACUCUCAGGAGGAAGAGGGAAAGAUGGUGCUCCCAUCAUCAUCUUCCCAGAGUUCUCCAGCUUCAGCGAAGUGCCAGAAGAUGACUUCCUCAAUGUUGUUACCUACUUGACCAGCAUACCCAGUUUGGAUGCUGCCAGUAUCGGCUUCAUCAUCAUCAUCGACCGGCGGAAGGACAAGUGGAGCUCUGUGAAGGCCUCUCUAUCCAGGAUUGCUGGGGCAUUUCCAGGAAACCUGCAGCUGGUGUUGGUGCUGCGUCCUUCCAGGUUCUUCCAGAGGACGAUAGCUGACAUUGGGAUGAAGAUGCACAAAGAUGACUUCAAAAUGAAGGUACCGAUUGUGAUGCUGAACUCCCUGUCGGACCUGCACAGUUACGUGGACAAAGGCCAGCUAACCCGGGAGCUAGGAGGAAAUUUGGAGUACUGUCACAAUCAGUGGAUACACCACCGAACUGCCAUAGAGAACUUUGCCAUGACAGUGAAAACCACAGCCCAGAUUCUCGAGAAGUUCGGGACAGACCUGGCUGAGACGGAGCUGCCCAAUGACGUCCAGUGCACCAAAGACCUGCUCACAGCACACACCGACAAACAAGGCCACCUCAAGGAUGAACUGAAGCUGGCUUUGAAGCAGGGCACCACCUUGUUGGGGUGUAUCAAGGAGCAGGCAGCUAAGUCGGAGAACCACCAACUCAACCCAGACGAGAUGGAGAACCAGACCACGGUGGAGAGGUUGCUUGCCCAGCUGGAUGAGACGGAGAACGCCUUUGAACAGUUCUGGUGUAAACACCAUCUGAAGCUGGAGCAGUGCCUGCAGCUACGCCACUUUGAACAGGACUUCAGAGAGGUCAAAGUGUCUCUAGACAGUUUGAUGGACAUUCUUACCAGUCUAUCAGAUAUCGGGGAUUGUGUUGCCAGAGUUGAACAUCUGCUGAAAGAACUGAAAGCACUGCAAGAGAAGGCUCUGCCCACACUGGAAAAGGCCCAGCUCCACGCACUGCACGGGGACCAGCUGAUCCAGAGCAACCACUACGCCGUGGACUCUAUUCGACCCAAAUGUGUGGAGCUGCGGCGCGUCUGUGACGACUUCAGCAACGAGUCCAAGAAGAAGACAGACGUGUUGUCCAAAUCCCUGCAGAUUCACAUGGGCAUUGAUAAGGUCAACCAGUGGUGUGAGUCUGGCAUAUACCUGCUGGCCUCCCAGGCUGUGGAUAAGUGUCAGUCCCAAGAAGGGGCGGAGUUAGCUCUGACUGACAUCGAACACUUCCUGGAGUCUGCAGAAAAGAACCAGCUGACUGAACUCAGGAACCUCCAAAACAAGUAUGAGGUUGUCCUGUCCGAGGAUAUCAAGGCCAAUGUUCUGAAGGCACUGAAGCGCCUGGAGGACGUCCAAGAGAUGUUUGAGAAGCGGCACGUCAGCCUGAAGAGGCUGUCAGCUAAACAGACGAGACCUGUUCAGCCAGUGGCCCCACGGCCCGAGUCCUCUCCUAAACGUCCCUCACUGAAGAACCCUCCAAGAACGACAGGAAAUCAGCAGCCUGUGGCUCGCAGGGCGCCUGAGAUCUCACACAGCGGCAGGCAGCCAGCCGAGGCUGAUCCCAGCAAGAAGAGGAUCACUCGCAAGGCCAAAGGAGGAAUAAAGAUUGAGGUUAUGCAUGAGGAAAGCCAAGGAGGCUCCCCCCAUGCCAUUGUGACCAAUGAGACCGAGGAGAGUCUGUCCAACAGACGCAGACACAUCAUGACUGAGCUCAUCGAAACAGAGAGGCUGUAUGUGGAGGAACUGCAAAGUAUCAUGGAGGGUUAUUUUGCAGAGUUGGAUAACUCAGCGCUCAUCCACCUCAUCCCCCCGUCCCUGGACAACAAAAGGGACGUGCUCUUUGGCAACCUGCCAGAGAUUUAUCAAUUCCACAAUAGGACGUUUGUGAGGGAGCUGGAGAACUGUGCAGAGAAACCGGAGCUGGUGGGAACUUGUUUUCUGAAAAGGAAAGAAGAGCUGCAGGUGUAUGAGAAGUACUGUCAGAACAAACCUCGCUCUGAAGUCCUCUGGAGACAGUGUGGAGACAGCCUCUUUUUUCAGGAAUGCCAGAAGAAACUGGACCACAAACUCUCUCUGGAUGCCUACCUGCUGAAGCCUGUGCAGAGGAUCACCAAAUACCAACUCAUGCUCAAGGAGAUGUUAAAGUGCAGUAAGGGUGAGGGCACGGCUGAGUUGGAGGAGGCUUUAUCCACCAUGCUGGACAUCAUCAAGUCUGUCAACGACUCCAUGCACCAGAUAGCCAUCACUGGCUUUGAGGGGAACCUGAGUGAACUGGGGAAGCUGCUGAUGCAGGGAUCCUUUAAUGUGUGGACUGACCACAAGAAAGGCCACAGCAAGGUGAAGGACUUGGCCAGGUUUAAGCCUAUGCAGAGGCAUCUGUUCCUGUAUGACAAGAUGAUGCUGUUCUGUAAGAAACGAGAGGAGACCACAGAAGGACAUGAGAAGACCCCAUCCUACAGCUUCAAACACUCGCUCAAGAUGAGCUCUGUGGGGAUCACAGAGAACGUCAAAGGCGACAUCAAGAAGUUUGAGGUGUGGUACAACGGCAGAGAGGAGGUUUACAUUAUCCAGGCUCCUUCCAUGGAUGUGAAAAAUAUGUGGGUGUCAGAGAUUCGAAAGGUUCUUACAGGCCAGCUCGAGGCGUGCAGAGAAGCCAGCCAGCUCAACGUCUACGGGGCCCCCAUGAGGAAUGUGCGUAAAAUGGCGCUGAGACAAUCCAAUUCAUCAAGUCCAGAGUCAGGCUUCAGGAGAACCAACCCCAGCCCCAAUAUGAGGCAGAAGAGAGUCGACGCUUCAGCCGGCCAAUCAGGCCACUUGGCUGCUAACGCUAGGAAACGCUUCACCUUGCAGGGGUUUUCCAACAGGAGGUCUCUUCCAGCAGAGCCGGCUGCUAAGGAGGCAGUGGUCACCCGCCGCUUUUCUCUCGCCUCCUCACUCACCUCCUCUUCCUCCUCCUCCUCCUCCUUCGCCACACGACGCACAAAAGGUCCCCUGUCUGCUAGCAUAAAGAGCAAGAGACAUGAGAUCAAGAGUGAUCCCACUCCUUUUGGCUAUGAAGAUACUUUGCGUGGUGCUAUGGCUGCAGUCAGGAAACGUCAGAGUGUGACUAGCAGCACAGGUGCUGCUGGCUCAGCUGUCCCUAGAUCCACCUCGCAACCAGGCUGGGCCCAGAAACGGCUCCCUUCCAUGGACGCAGAAGACUUUGAGACGAUCCCCUCCAGUGCAGAGGAGUCCUCCAACUCGUCAGAAGACGAAGGCAGCAAUAAAACCGGGGACAGCGGUCGUUUCCGGGUGCAGCUGACCUACGAGUCCGGUGAAGGCCGGGACCCUUCUCUGGAGGAGGGCGACCUGGUCCAGUUUGUGGAGGAAGUGGAGAGCGGACACUGAUGUGAUGAGCAGCGCUCUCGGACUGGGACCACAACGGAGCCAGUACUUGAGGAGAAGUUUCUCAGGACAGCAGAUCAAAUUCAUCGCGUUGGAUCACAAAAAUACAUCUUUAACUGGAAUAUCUGCUCUAAGGUUUUCACUAGGACUACAGCUGCAGGUUUUGAUAACGGACACCUUGAAUCUUCUCACUGAAUCGUCUGGACCUUAAAGCUGAUUGAGAGAAGACGUACACUGUAAGUGCCAACUUUCAUUGGUCCUUGGAGAACAAAAGGCUGCAUGGACACUCAACGUUUCAUCCAACGUGGGAGGGAUUUAGAAUAUGUUCUGUGAAAGAUGCAAUGAAGAAAAACAAUCCCUCUGCUUGGAACGUUGCUCAGUUCCUGGUGGAAGGGAUCCAUCCCAGCUGCUGGUGGCGAGCAGGCAAUGGAUCUGUCUCUGCUGGGUGGCCCCGCUGUACUAAGGUACAGCUCUGAGACCGGGUUCUACCUGAGGUCUCCUGCUUCGGACCCCGCAGGACAUCAUGACAUGAAUCUGGACGCAUCAUGACGACACGCCGUGUAUGUGGGUGUAUUUGGAUUACUGUUCAGCUUGGAUACACCAACCAGCUUAUUGCAAAACGUUUGUGCAGCACUUAAAAAGAAGUGAAGAAUUCAUACAGCUAAGCGUAAUAUAGUUACAUUUAUUUGACCUUUUGUCGUUAGAGGCCACCUUUCUUCAUAUUACACAUAGCCCUUUGACUCAUUGUUCAUUUAUAAUUUAAUGAUGCCGCUUUAAAGGAAAGAGGGUAUGUCAGAAAAUCACAUUUAAAAAUGUGUUAGUGGGCUACUGACAGCUGACUUAUUUUCCAAUAGAGAAUUAUUUGAGAAAUCCAUCAAGGAGAAGCUGAGAGGCUUUUAAUGGAAGUGAAGCAUUACUGUUGUUUCAGUAUACAGAUGAAUGUCUGCGACAUUAUGCUAUUGGUAUCCUUAUGGUUGAAAAGCACUUAUUGUGAGUCAGCUAAAUGACUAUUGUGAUGUAUUUGGACUCGUCUCUACAUAAUGGGAUUUCUAAUAGCAAGCUUUCUGAGAACUACGGGCAGCACAUACUCAGGCAGCUUGUGAUUUGUGUGCAUGAUGCUGGAUGCUAUCCAGGCAAAGCUAGACAUGAGUAAUCUCCUUUUUAGUGUUCAGUUGCAGACUUAACACCAGAAUCUGAGCACUAAGGCAUUGUUGCACACCAGUGGUUUUACAGAGAUAUCAGCUGUUGACCGCAAUUCCUAAACGUUGCCCCAGUAGGUCGGAUGGAGGGAACUGGCUAUUUGCUGCAUGAGAUUUUUCAGGGGAACAUUUUUAAGCUUCCGAUCAUCAGCUGUGUGGGGUUCCCUUCUCACACAGUAUAAUCGCCUUUAUAGUGAGGGUUCAUUCAAGGACAACAGGUCAACUGUUCACUGACAAAUCUGUAAAUCACAGGAAAGUUAAUUAUAUUUAUCCGUAACUUGUUAUGAACGGAAAGAGAAGAACAAGACUACGUGAUGACUGAAUACAUGUCCAAGUGUAAUGCUGUUACUCUGUGACCAGUCUUUUAAAAAAGAGGUCUGAUAAGCAGUUAGGAUGAAUCGCUGAAGGAUGGAUGGAUGGUGGACAUGUGAGUGGAUGAUGCAGUGAUGGAUAGGUGCACCAUGGAUGAAUCUAUGGGGAGAGGAAUGGUUGACACACAGCCACAAAUCAAUAUUCUGAAUGUAAAUAGUUUACAAGCUGUAGCAGAAGGCAGAGCUCCUCUUGAAGAUGCUGUGCAUUUUGUUUAUCCGAUCCUUGAUGGAAAAUAUUUAUAUUCUACUACAUUCUGCUGUCAGCAUAUUGUAGAAUGUAGUCUGUAUACUAUAUGUACAAUCUGUCACUAUAAUGUACAUACUGAUUUAUUAUUAGUCAUUACAAUAUUCAUUUUGUCACCCUAUUUUUUGUAUUUUUGACGUAUUCCCUGUUUCCAACCUUAAUAAUGCAUGCAAAACUGACAUUUGAUACAGAGCGGUGCUUGAUUUAAAAUAAAGCAUACAUUUAUUAAAGACUGUGUUACUGUACAUGCUGAUGUAAUCAGACAUUACUGUAUGAGCUAAUCUGAUGAAAUUAUGAAAAGAACUUUGUGUCUCUGCUUUGUGGUUGCACAAAGCAGAGACACAAAGUUCUUUUCAUAAUUUCAUGUGAUCCAAUAAUAGAUUUUGUAUCCAAGUCGACAUACUCACCAUGAAAUCAGCUGUGAAGCCUUGGGCUCAGUCCAUCGAGUCAUGUUUACUGAGGCAAUAAAUCAGAACCAGAGUCAUUUCUAUACAAUACAUUUUAUGGUGUUGAUUUUACUUUAACUCAAUUCCAAUUCAAAUGAUUGUAUUUUGUAUAGCCCAAUACUUUGAUGGGGACUUAAAAUCGAUCAAGCCAGAAGACACCGACCAGCUUGUUAGACUUCAGGAUUGUCUUGGAGACAUUAAAACUAAAAAAUGGAAGUUAUCAUGAUAGGCCCAGAGCGCCUUCGAAGUCAGCUGUCACGUGAUACAGUCUCUAUGGAUGGAAUUGCUCUGGUAUCCAGCAACACCAUCAAGAACCUUGGAGUUCUCUUCGACCAGGAUAUGUCCUUCAACUCUCAUAUAAAGAAGACUUCAAGGACUGCCUUUUUUCAUCUACUGAAUAUAUCGAAAAUCAGGAACUUCCUGUCUCAAAGUGAUGCAGAAAAACUAGUUCAUGCAUUUGUUACUUCUAGACUGGAUUACUGUAAUUCUUUGUUAUCAUGCUGCUCUUGUAAAUCACUUAAACCUCUCCAGCUGAUUCAGAAUGCUGCAGCACGUGUAUUAACAAGAAGUAAGAAAUGGGAUCAUAUAACUCCUGUAUUAACUUCUCUGCACUGGCUUCCUGUUAAAUCAAGAAUAGAAUUUAAGGUACUUCUCCUCACCUACAAGGCACUUGCUGGUGAGGCACCG